GUGCGGAGACCCCCUGGUGAAUCGUCACCAUGUCUGACCAGGAGGCAAAACCUUCAACUGAGGACUUAGGUGAUAAGAAGGAAGGAGAAUACAUUAAACUCAAAGUUAUUGGACAGGACAGCAGUGAGAUACAUUUCAAAGUGAAAAUGACAACACAUCUCAAGAAACUCAAAGAAUCAUACUGUCAAAGACAGGGAGUUCCAAUGAAUUCACUCAGGUUUCUCUUUGAAGGUCAGAGAAUUGCUGAUAAUCAUACUCCAAAAGAACUGGGAAUGGAGGAAGAAGAUGUGAUUGAAGUUUAUGAGGUACAAAUGGGGGGUCACUCUAUGGUUUAGAUAAUUCUUUUUAUUUUUUAUUUUUUCCUUUUCCCUCAAUCCUUUUUUAUUUUUAAAAAUAGUUCUUUUGAAAUGUGGUGUUCAAAAUGAAAAUUGAAUACUGGCAUUCCAUCUCUUAGAAUAUC